CGAUGCAACAGAACAAUCCGAUUGAUCAACACGAUUAGAUGUCACACAUAAUAAAUAUAAACUUGAUAAAAGUUAUGUAAAAAAUAACAUCAAUUAAGUUUAACAACUAAUAUGUUGAAUAUGACUAAAUAUAUAAUGAUAAAGUUCCCUUGUCACAGGUAUCAUAUAAAUAUAUCCAAACUAAGAAAAAAAAAAAGGAUGUACGAGAGUUUCAACUGAGGAUUAAAUUCAUUGCUUUCACGAAAUUCUCGUUAUGGCAACUUUCUUUCAUUCGAAGAAAUAUCAGAAACAUUUAAAUGGACGCUCUUAGUUUUAAUUUGGAAAUUUCAUACCCUACUGUUUGCUAAAAUUCUUAGAAGGAAAAAAGUUUCGAUGGAGGUAUAUCACAUAGAAAUUUUCAACAACAUGAAACAAUUAUAAUAGCUCCAUCAAAAUGCAAUCAUUCUAAAGAAGACAUAUUUUUUAUAGAAUAGUUUUUAUCUUCUUUUGAAAGUCCUCUACAGAGUUUACCAAUGAGUGAGACUUAGGAGGAAUAUAAUCUUCAUUAAUAGUUUUAUAUCCACAUAUAAACCUUCAUUAAAACUCCUAGGAUUCUACUUUCGAGCUUGCUACCACAACCUCAUGAGCUCUUUCAAGGGGCCUGGCAGAGGGAGUCCUUAUAAACUUUGGUUCAUGGGUCAACAAGAGCAAAAUAUCUCAAGCUUUAUACACAAAGCUACAGUAAGCACACUAACAAGGCUUCGCAACUCUCAUAUAUUUACAAGAAGAGAUUCAUCCUAGGCAAAAAUCCUCGUGGAAUAUAGAGGUGAUAAAACAAAAAAUUUAACCUACAAAUUCUCUCAAAUCAACCCAUCAAAUAAGUUUUUCAUUAUACUCCAGCUCGCCACAAUAUCUCAUGCUCCAACGGCUAAUUUGAGGAUUCCUUUGGGAUAACUUUAUUAUCGUUUUCUAAAACAAUUUUUUAUUGUAUAAAAAUUUCUUGAAUUAGAAUUUUUUGGGCUAAAAAUUUACUUUAAUUAGCCUUAUCCCAAUGAUUAUGGUCGGCCUUUGAAUCAUCAUUAAUCUCCUUUCAUUCAUGAUGGGAUGUUAAAGUUAGCUUCCAUAGUGUAUGAACAAGAUCAAUGGCUGAUAUUAGGAAAACUUGGUGAAAGGAUUCAAGAAAUGAACUUGCAUCAAAAUAAAAUAAACAAAUUUUCUGCUCUCAAGUUUUACAAGCUACCCAAGUGCGGCUAAGCAAAGUCCUUAUCAUGGAAAACCAAUACUCGCCUACAGGUAUUACCUCCCUCUCUAGUCUGUCAUGACUCAUCAUCCAAUAUGCUUUCAUAUAAAAGUUUGUUAAGCUCCAGCCACUACUAACGAGUCUUUUUUGUGUCCACUAUGCGUUCCAGUGACAAAGUGAUAUAUCAAAAUAAUAAGAAUAAAAAGUAGGCAACAGCAUUAUCAGUACAAUAUUAUAUGAACACAUUACUACAAAUCUGUUCUUUUAGAAACAAUUGACCUGGAGUACGAGCACCUGAAUCUUCUGAAGUUUGGAGGACAAGAUUCAGAGCUAUGGAACCUAAGCUGUCUCAGAUCAGAGGAAUAUACAAAAGAUUCAAGCCUCAUAUUCUAAUGGUUUUCACUCAGAUAAGCUAUGCACUACUUUACUUCUUCACAGAAGCUUCAUUUAAUCAUGGGAUGAAUCCUCAUAUCUAUGUAACUUAUAGGCUUGUUGUCGCCGCCUUAAUAAUGAGUCCCUUUGCCUAUUUCUUAGAAAGGAAGGCAAGACCAAAGCUAACGUGGGCAUUAUUUCUUGAGAUUUUUGUGCUUUCGAUUCUAGGGGUCAGCCUUACUCUGAAUAUGUACUUCGCAAGCUUAAGAUGCACCUCGCCAACAUUUGUUGCUGCAAUGCUUAACAACAUUGCAGCCUUGACAUUUAUUAUUGCUGUUUUACUAAGAUUGGAAAUUGCUGACAUCAAGAAAGCUCGUGGAAAGGCUAAGGUUGCAGGAACAAUAAUCUCCUUGGCUGGUGUCACAAUUAUAACAUUUUAUAAAGGAACAACAAUAAGGAAUCUUUGGGGUGCAUUGAUUCACAUCCAAGGAAGGACAAUCCAUGAAAAUCAGUUGAUAGGAUCAAUUCUCGCAGUUGCGAGCUGUGUAACAUGGUCAAUGUGGUAUAUAAUGCAGGCCGUUACACUAAAGAAAUAUCCAGCACAACUUUCACUUACCGCAUGGAUGUGCUUAAUUGGAGGAGCACAAUCAGCAGUUUUUGCUGUAUUAAUGGAGCAUAAAUCAGAAGCUUGGCACAUUGGAUUUAACAUUGACCUGUGGAAUAUCAUAUACUCUGGAGCCAUUUGUUCUGGCCUACUAAUCUUCAUUCAGUUAUGGUGCACUGAAGAAAAGGGACCAGUUUUUGUAGCAAUGUUCAAUCCCCUCGCAUCAAUCAUGGUGGCACUACUAGCAUACUUUGUGUUUGGUGAAAGGAUGUACACUGGGAGCAUAUUGGGAGGAUCGAUUGUUAUAAUUGGCCUAUACUUGUUGCUGUGGGGCAAAGAAAAUGAUCAAGGAACUUCAUGAACAUAGCAAGACCAUUCCAAUUUAUCUUCUGGGAAGCAGCACGAUGAGUUGGGUGAAAUUGAAAAUUAUGGAGAGUUCCUCAAAGGAUCCAAUGAACAAAAGAUCCUUUCCCAAGACACAAAAAAAUUAUAUCUGGGUAUCUUUAUUAUUUUUGUGUCAAUAUGGGAAGACGAACACAAAAAAUUAGAUAAUAUUUAAAUUUAGACUAAAAACAACACUAGAGACAAGUUUUUGAUCAUCUAUCUGUUUUUAUUUCCGUUUAAAUGUUUUGUAUUUUGAGCAUUUGCCUUUUAAUUUUGAUCGUCUUUCUUUCCCUCCUAAAA